AUGGGGGGCAAAUCAGCGAACAAGGCCGGCUACUUCGACAAGCUCAAGGGCUUGCUGCAGGACUACAAGUCAAUCUUCAUUGUUGAGAUUGACAAUGUCUCGUCCCAGCAGAUGCACGAGAUCCGACACGCCCUUCGUGGCAAGGGUGUUGUCCUGAUGGGCAAGAACACCAUGGUUCGCCGAGCUCUGCGAACUUUCCUCGUUGAUACUCCCGAGUACGAGCGUAUCCUGCCUUUCGUCAAGGGCAACGUCGGUUUCGUUUUCACCAACGGCGACCUGAAGGAGAUCCGUGACCAGAUCCUGGCCAACCGUGUCGCCGCCCCUGCCCGUGCUGGUGCUGUCGCUCCCGUCGAUGUGUGGGUUCCUGCUGGAAACACCGGUAUGGAGCCUGGCAAGACCUCUUUCUUCCAGGCUCUCGGUGUCCCCACCAAGAUCGCUCGUGGUACCAUUGAAAUUACCACCGAUCUCAAGCUCAUUGAGGCUGGCAACAAGGUCGGCCCCUCCGAGGCUUCGCUGCUCAACUUGUUGAACAUCUCUCCCUUCACCUACGGUCUGGGAAUUGCUCAGGUCUACGACCAGGGCCAGGUCUUCCCCCCCACCAUCCUCGACAUUGGUGAGGAGCAGCUCCUCGGCACCCUGGCCAAGGCCAUUACCACCGUUGCCACCAUCUCUCUGGCUCUCAACUUCCCCACCCUGCCUUCCGUCAUGCACUCUCUUGUCAACUCCUACAAGAAGGUCCUGGCUGUUGCCAUUGAGACCGACUUCAGCUGGCCCGAGAUUGAGCAGCUCAAGGACCGCAUUGCCAACCCUGACGCUUACGCUGCCGCUGCUCCUGCUGCCAGCUCCGGCGCUGCUGCCGCUACCGAGGCUGCCCCCGCUGAGGAGAAGAAGGAGGAGGAAGAGGAGGAGGACGAGGAGGGCUUCGGCGGUCUCUUCGACUAA